UUACAAGGUCGUCAUAAAACAAAAUGUUGACACAGAUUUACAAAACAGGCAUUUUAUGUAAAUUGCGUCAGCUGACAGUCGCCUCAUCAUGGUAUCACAGCAAAGCAGGGGUGUAUGGACACAGACCUCAGCAAUCAUCAACGCAAUUCCACGUUAAAGAUAGCCAUGUGCAGAACAGGAUACAAAGUAGUAAUGUGUACAGACUUGUCGAAGCUUACAGAACACAUGGCCAUAAGAAAGCAACUCUAGAUCCGCUGAACUUGCAGCCAGAAAUUGAUCCACAUGAGCUGGCACCAGAGAGAUAUGGUUUAUCAGCUGGUACCCAGGUGAUUGAUGUAGAAGGAAUAUUUCAUGGUGGUGAUGGUUCCCAGUCUAUGUCUGUCUCAGAUCUCAUUGGUCAUCUUGAAAAGGAAUACUGUGACACUAUAGCAGCAGAAUUCCAGCAUUUAAGGACAGAAGAAGAAAGAGAGUGGUUCUCAGAAGCAUUUGAAAGUAAACAUCAGAUAAGCCUGACUAAUGAUAGAAGAAUAAAUCUCGCAAAUCUCAUGCUCAAGUCACAGGCAUUUGAUCAUUUUUUGGCACAAAAGUUCACUACGUUGAAGCGAUAUGGAGGGGAAGGGGGAGAAAGCAUGAUGGCUGUAUUUGACGAGAUAUUCAGAAAAAGUGCUCAAGCUGGUCUAGAGGAAAUAGUGAUCUGUAUGCCACACAGGGGACGUCUUAAUUUCCUUACGUGUCUUCUCAAUUAUCCACCAAUUAGAAUCUUCCAAAAGGUAUCUGGAAUAUCAGAGAUACCAGAUGGCUCAAAGGGAACAGGAGAUGUAGUGUCACAUUCAUACACGUCAGUAGAUCUAGAAUAUGAAGGAAGGAAGAUACAUGUUUCAUUCUUACCAAAUCCAUCACAUCUUGAGGCAAACAAUCCAGUUGCAGUAGGAAAGUGUCGUUCUAAACAGCAGACAUUACAGGAAGGAGAUUAUAGCAAUGCUGGAGAGUCACAACAAGGGGACAGAACUCUUUGUCUUCAAGUUCAUGGCGAUGCUUCAUUUUCAGCACAGGGUAUAGUAGCAGAAACAUUUUGUAUAGCUGAGUGUCCACAUUACAAUGUAGGUGGCAGUAUUCAUUUCAUCGUAAACAACCAGAUUGGUUUCACAACUGAAGCAGCCAGGGGGAGAUCAUCACAGUAUAGUAGUGACUUGGCCAAGAUAAAUGGAUACCCUGUCCUGCAUGUUAAUGCAGAUUUUCCUGAGGAUGUUGUCAAGGCAACAGCAAUAGCAAUGGAGUACCGCCAGCGAUUCCGCAAAGAUGUUGUUAUAGAUUAUGUAUGUUUCCGUAAAUAUGGUCACAAUGAGUUAGAUGAUCCGUCAUUCACUCAGCCUGUUAUGUAUAAAGCCAUCAAAAGUAGAAAAAGUAUUCCAGAUUCAUACGCAGAUGAAUUAGUGUCAAGUGGUGUCUGUGUGGUUGAGGAUUUGAAUAAAGUACAGCAGGCCUGGUCACAGACACUAACUGAAGAUUUUGCUGCCAUUAACUCAAAGCCAGUCCAGCCGUAUGACCUGCAGCGACAAUGGAGUGGGUAUCGCCAGGCACCAGGGGAAAUAACUAUGUGGGAUACUGGUGUAAAUGUAGAUACUCUCAAAUAUGUUGGUGCUCAGUCAGUAAUGUUGCCAGCUGAUUUUAAUGUUCAUCCUACAGUAGGUAAGCAUCAUUGUGAGCGACGUAUACAAAAGCUGACUGAAGGAGUCGGCCUGGAGUGGGCUGUAGCAGAAGCACUAGCAUUUGGUUCCUUGAUGCAACAAGGGUUUAAUGUACGAAUUAGUGGUCAGGAUGUUGGAAGGGGUACGUUCAGUCACAGACAUGCAAUGCUGGUGGACCAAGUUACAGAUGAAAUAUAUGUACCUCUUAAUCACAUGUCACUAGAUGGUCAAGGUUAUCUUGAGGUAGCAAACAGUGCCCUGUCAGAAGAGGCUGUUUUGGGUUUCGAGUAUGGAAUGAGCAUUGACAAUCCACGUUCUCUUGUCAUCUGGGAGGCACAGUUUGGUGAUUUCUUCAACGGGGCCCAGCCUAUCAUAGAUACAUAUGUCACAAGUGGAGAAAAUAAAUGGUUACUUCAGACAGGCCUUGUGAUGUUAUUACCCCACGGUAUGGACGGUGCUGGCCCAGAACAUUCAUCUUGUCGCAUUGAGAGGUUUCUACAAGGUUGUGACAGCAGUGAAACAUCUGUGGAUGGAGACGAUAUAAAUAUUCAGAUCCUGAACCCCACCACACCAGCUCAGUAUUUCCAUCUCCUCAGGAGACAGAUGAUACGUAAUUACCGAAAGCCAGUUAUUGUUAUUGCACCAAAGAUAUUACUACGUUUGCCAGCAGCAACUUCUAGUCUUUCUGAAAUGGCUCCAGGAACUACUUUCCAAUCUGUACUUGGGGACCUCAAGGUCAAAGGUGAAAAUGUCAAAAAGGUUGUCUUCUGCUCAGGCAAACAUUAUUACACCAUUCAGAAAGAGAGAGAUACAAGAAACAUAGAUGAUAUGGCUAUAAUUAGACUUGAGAGUCUUUGUCCAUUCCCAGCUGCUGAGUUGCAAAGAGAAUUGAGCAAAUAUUCAAAUGCCAAAGAAUAUAUCUGGGCACAGGAGGAACAUAGAAAUAUGGGUGCAUGGUCUUUCGUUUCCCCAAGAUUUGAAAAUCUUGUCGGAUGUAAGCUGCAUUAUGUUGGAAGGGAUGUACUAGGAUUACCGGCUGUAGGAAUUGGACAUAUCCACAAAAUGCAAGCUGAUAAACUCAUCUCAGAUCUCUUUGGUUGAACACAUGUCGAUUGUAAUUUCUGACAUAGCGUCGGACAAGAGGCAAACACUUGUCAGAACUGCCAACUUUGUGGUUUUUGUUAGACUUAUAUAAAUGGGUUUGGAUGCAAGCAGUGUAUGUGUUUGGGAAAGACUUCUUAACAGCAGGAAUCAUGUACAUUCAAUCAGACUUUAAUACAGAUGCUCCAAUAAAUGUGCUUGAAGUAUUUGCAAUACUGACUUACCUAAUGUCAGAUUUUUUUGGAAGUUAAUGUUUCAUCUUUUUUCAUGAAAAAUUUGAUAAAAAUCUUAAUUUAAGAAGAAUGUACCCAAUCUGUCUUAAAGGUUAAAGAGUUUAAAAUAUACAAUGCUGCUAAAUAGACAAAAACUUUUUAUCAGGAGAAGAUUUUGUGAGUCAGAUUUUUUGGAAGUUAAUGUUUCAUCUUUUUUCAUGAAAAAUUUGAUAAAAAUCUUGAUUUAAGAAGAAUUUGCCCAAUCUGUCUUGAAGGUUAAAGAGUUUAAAAUAUACAAUGCUGCUAAAUAGACAAAAACUUUUUAUCAGGAGAAGAUUUUGUGAGUCAGAUUUUUUGGAAGUUAAUGUUUCAUCUUUUUUCAUGAAAUUUUUGAUAAAAAUCUUGAUUUAAGAAGAAUUUGCCCAAUCUGUCUUAAAGGUUAAAGAGUUUAAAAUAUACAAUGCUGCUAAAUAGACAAAAACUUUUUAUCAGGAGAAGAUUUUGUGAGCCAAACGGGGAUAUUCUAAUUUAAUAAAUUUUAUGUAACCUUUUAAAAACAAAAUUAUUGAAGAAAAAAAUCAUGUUACUUAAAUUUUAAAUCCGACAUUGAUAAUUUUGCAUGUUAGCGUGUGUUUUGAUACUGUGAUAUUUUAUUGACUUUGCUAGUAAGUGCUUAUAUUUGUAAUAAACUGAAAGACUUUAUUAACCCUUAGCCUGCUAAAUUUCUAAAAUGGACUGGUCUUUCAUUCAAUUUGGGCAAUACCAUUUAUCAUUUGAAGGGGUGUUCACUGAAAAUUUACUGACUGAAGAGCGAACAAUGCAGACCAUGAUCAGACUGCACGGAUGUGCAGGCUGAUCUUGGUCUGCACUGGUCGCAAAGGCAGAAUCACUUGCCGCCAGCAGGCUAAGGGUUAAAGAGAGACUAAAACCAAAGCAUUUGAAUUAUUUAAUCUAUCCUUUAUUUUCAGAGCAAUAGAUUUAUCGUUAAUUUUGCUUCCCUGUUGGAAAAAUAUAUUUUGUUAGUUAACCUAAGAAGUGCUCAAGAUGAGCUUUUAUGAUCGCCCUGUGUCAGUCAUCCAUUGUCAGUUGUCUGUCGUCGUCGUCAACAAUUUCACUGUUAACACUCUAUAGGUCACAAUUUUGGCCCAAUCUAAAUGAAACUUGGUCAGAAUGUUUAUCUCCUUGAAAACUCGAGACAAGUUUGAAACUGGUCAUGUGGUAUCAAAAACUAGGUCACUAGGUCAAACAAGUUUGUUAUGGGUGUGUUACUCUGGUGAGCAACCUAGGGCCAUCAUCUUGUUUAUAUAAAACACUCUUAUUUACAUAAAAUCUUGGUAAUUAUCUGUAUUAUACAAUAUCAAGAUUUCA